GUGGAAGAGUAAUGCCCGUACCGCCUAUGUGCUGAACUGGCUGUCAUUUCUCUCCUGCUAAUUUUAGAUAGUAUUUCGGACUAAAUGGAAUGCUUUUGACGCUUGCAUCAUUUUUCUACGAGCUAUGAUGUACAGACAGAGUCGAUAAGCGGGGAUAUUAUUUGUUGAACAAAGCAAUUGUACCCAGACAGUUGGAGGGAUGGAGACUCUGAUUCCCAUCAUCAACAGGCUGCAGGAGGUCUUCCUCACAGUGGGUUCAGAUAUCAUACAGCUGCCUCAAAUAGUCGUGGUUGGAUCUCAGAGCAGUGGAAAGAGCUCUGUAUUGGAAAGCCUGGUUGGACGGGAUUUCUUGCCUCGAGGAUCAGGAAUAGUCACAAGACGACCCCUCGUGUUGCAACUCAUUAAUGUUUCUCCUCUGCAAGAGAGACUGAAGAUUGAGAAUGGUGUCAAAGCUGAAGAAUGGGGUACAUUCCUGCACUGCAAGAACCAGGUCUUCUCAGAUUUUCAGGAAAUUCGUAAGGAAAUCGAAGCAGAGACUGAACGCAGUUCAGGUGACAACAAGGGAAUCAGUCCUGAGCCAAUCUAUUUGAAGAUAUAUUCACCUAAAGUGCUCAAUCUCACUCUAGUUGAUUUACCAGGAAUAACUAAGGUUCCUGUUGGGGAUCAGCCAGAGGACAUUGAGACUCAAGUGCAAGAGAUGAUCUCGUCCUUCAUCUCAAAUCCAAACUCCCUCACCCUCGCUGUGUCCCCUGCCAACUCUGACUUGGCCACGUCGGAUGCUCUGAAAUUGGCUCGUGAGGUUGAUCCAGAUGGCCGUCGAACACUACUGGUGAUCAGUAAGCUGGACCUGAUGGAUGCAGGGACUGAUGCACUAGAGGUCCUUCUGGGUCGAGUCAUUCCAGUCAGACUUGGGAUCAUCGGGGUCGUAAACAGGAGCCAGCAUGACAUCAAUACCCAGAAGAGCCUAGGGGACUCAAUGAGAGAUGAGCAAGCCUUCCUGCAGCGCCACUACCCCUCUCUUGCCUCCCGCUCCGGCUCACGCUAUCUCGCCAAAACUCUCAGCAGGCUGCUCAUGCACCACAUCCGGGACUGCCUGCCAGACCUCAAAACCCGAGUGACCGUGCUGAGCGCUCAGUACCAGGCACGACUCAACGGCUAUGGCCAGCCAGUAGAAGACCACAGUGCCACGCUUCUGCAGAUUGUCACCAAGUUUGCAAGUGAUUACUGCCACACCAUCGAGGGAACAGCCAGAUACAUCCAGACCUCAGAGCUCUGUGGCGGCGCUCGAAUCUGUUACAUAUUCCAUGAGACCUUUGGUCGCACUCUGCAGUCCAUCGAUCCCCUUGGGGGACUGACUGAGCUCGACAUCCUCACUGCCAUUCGAAAUGCUACGGGUCCCCGGCCAGCGCUUUUUGUGCCCGAGGUGUCCUUUGAGUUGCUGGUGAAGCGGCAAAUGAAGCGUCUGGAGGAGCCCAGUCUACGCUGUGUAGAGCUUGUUCAUGAGGAGCUGCAGAGGAUCAUCCAGCACUGCUCCUCCUAUAGCACACAGGAGCUUUUGCGAUUCCCCAAACUACAUGAUUCCAUUGUGGAAGUGGUGACCGGAUUACUAAGGAAGCGGCUGCCAAUUACUAAUGAAAUGGUUCACAACUUGGUUGCAAUAGAACUCGCCUACAUCAACACCAAACAUCCAGACUUCUCUGAUGCAGGGCAGGUCUCAGCAUCUGUCAAUAGUCAGCAGGUGGAGAGCCUUGAUGGAGGGAAACGCUGGAAGAACGAGAAGCUUGCGGAAGAGAGAGCUCCUGCUGCAGGUUUUGGCAGCCCAAGCAAAGGCCAGGCCAUUAACCUCCUUGACACAGCAGUGCCAGUUUCCCGCAAGCUGAGUUCCAGGGAGCAGAGGGACUGUGAGGUCAUCCAGCGCCUCAUCAAAUGCUACUUCCUCAUUGUCCGCAAAAGCAUCCAAGACAGUGUGCCCAAGACGGUGAUGCACUUCCUGGUGAACUUUGUGAAAGAGCAUCUGCAGAGCGAGCUGGUGGGUCAGCUUUACAAACAGCCGCUGCUACAGGAGCUGCUCAUUGAGUCACAUGACACGGCACAGCAGCGCACCGAGGUUGCGCAAAUGCUGGAGGCGCUCCAAAAAGCCAAUAACAUCAUCUCUGAAAUCCGGGAGACCCAUCUGUGGUAGCUAGAGGAAACGAACAAUUCCCCUGUCUUAGGACAGCUUUGAGAGUAUGAGAGUGUAUGUGAGUUUACAGCACUGAAAGUGAAUGUUAGUGUGUGCUUAGUGUGCCUGUGUGUGCCUGUGUGUGCGUGUGUGUUAGUGUGUCUGAGCAGUACCACUGUUUUCUCAUGGACCAAUGAACAUAGCACAUUAAGAUGUCUUUUAUUCCUGUCAGCUGUCACCCUGACCAAUACACUGGGGCUGUUGACUUUCACUGUGAAUGCGUGUUGGAACAGAAGUUAAUUAAACACUCAGGCCAAAUGUGUUACUGUAAAGUUGCAUUUAGAACAACACAGCCAAGAACAAAUUCAUUCCUUUACAUCAUAUCUGUUGGGUAAAACAGUUGUUGCUAUAAUGUAGAUCAUAUGUAAAGCAUUUCUGUUAUACUCAUGGUUGCUUUUUUGUGUUCUUCAAAAUGCUUUUCCUCUGUACAGUUCUACACUCUCAAAGAGAAAGACAAAAAAAAAAAAAUCUGGCUUCCUCUGAGCCACUUCAGCAGGUGCUUAAAUUAUGUUAGAUUAGAUGUGUUCCAACUUAAAUCCCCAGCUUCAGAGCACUCACCAGAUUUAGAAAAUGAAAUGAAUUUCCUACUCAAUCAACGAAGACUGCAGUGCUACACUGUAGACAGAACACUGUCAUUUAUAGAAGUCACAGGAUGCAGAUUGUUUUUUCCCUCCUUAUCAUUAAGGUUUAUUUUCCAAAGAUGCGUUUCCUUGUCAGCUCAUUAUUACUGGUGCAAUGCCCUUUUAGAGAUGUGUGUAAUAAUGAACAAAGAGACCAAACCCCAUCAUUAUACAUUUUCCUCAGUUUGAUUUAAGGAAAGAUACAGUCAGGACAUCCUGUUUCAUGGUGGGAUUUUGUUCGAUUUAAGACCCAGAUAGUAUAAAUGUAAUUUCUGUUGCUUUGCUCUGUAUCCUUGAACCACGUCUUCACUGGUUUCUGCUUAAAAGAUAAGAUUCUCAAUCACCCAUCCCUGUCCACUAGUAAGGGCAGUAUGUGGAUAUCUCCUGCUUGCAGUUUUCCCUCAAUGUUAGCUUACAUCUCAAGUUAGACAAACUUUUUUUACUUCUGUGCCAAUAAUCAUUCUGUUGUAUAAUAUCGCUUGAUGUGAAACUUUUUCAUCUUUUCCAUCUGUUCCUAAGUUAGACUGUUGUUUUGCCAAAUUCCUUCCUGCAGUGCUGUAGUGAUUAAUGUGAAUCUCUUCUCAUAACCAAAACAAAAAAUACUCAUCCUAAAAGAAGGCUUUUAUGGAGGGCCUGCCUUAACUGGACCAUUAAAAAGCUACUUUCUUUGUGAAAAGGAAGCAAACACAACAUCCUCUCGGUACGUCUUUCUGAAAGCCUCUGUGUACCAUUGCAUGUGUGUUAAGUAUGCACGUGUAGCUGUAUGAAUGACAGUUAUGUAUAUUUUGUAUUAAUUUAAUGUACAUUAUUGUUAGGAUUAUAAUUGUGUCGACUGCCUCUGAGUUCUUGCCUGCCAAUAUUUGUGAUAUAUGUUUACCAAAUGAAGUCUGCUAAGAUUGGAGGGACUCAUUAAACCCUAACAAAGAACAGUG